GGCUCUCGCGGUAGCGAAGGACGGAUAACGGGGCUGACCACUGGCGGUUUGCCCCGCUGUGCGGAGGAGAGAGUGGGGAGGCGUUGUGCCGGGGCUGAGGUAGAAAGGAGCCCGCCCCAUCGACGCCUCCUGCGACACUAACCCCUGAACCGUGAUGCGAGCGUGGGUCCUUCUCUCCGCGGUGCUUUGGUACUUCGCAGGAGUUGGAUGGCAGCGUUCUUCCAUAAUCACUAAGGAAGGCUUCGUUUAUGGCAAAGUGGGACGCCCAGUGAAAUUAUAUGUAGAAUUACAUCACAAUAGCCCAGUCCUUCUCUGUACUGAUUUUAAACGUGCUCAAAAGGAAACAGUGGACCCCACCUAUUUAUGGAUUGGGCCUAAUGAAAAACCAUUAACAGGAACUAGUAGAAUAAAUAUAACUAAAACAGGAAAGCUGCUGGUAAAAGACUUUCUGGAGCCUUUGUCCGGACUUUACACAUGCACUCUUUCUUAUAAGAUUGUCAAAGCAGAAACCCAAGAAGAAAAGACAGUAAAGCAGAGAUACGACUUUAUGCUUUUUGUUAAUCCUUUUGCACCGAGGUGGAAAGGUACAUGCAAUGAGUCUGUUGACUGUGAAGAUACCACUAAUCAUAAUAUCCUCCAGGCAAGAAAUCGAAUAGAAGAAUUUUUCCGGCGCCAAGCAUAUAUUUUCAAGCAUGACUUUAAGAAAACUCUACCAGCUAUGCAUUUUGUGGACCACAGUUUUCAUAUAAUGCGUAUGGAUAGCUGUCGUCCAGGCUUUGGGAAAAACGAAGGUCUGCACAGCAAUUGCGCUAGUUGUUGCGUGGUUUGUAGUCCUGGGACGUUUAGUCCUGAUGUCGAUGUUACAUGUCAGACUUGUGUUUCCACGCGUAUCUACGGAGCUAAAACUUGCCCAUAAACUUCAAAAAUCGCAAUGUGAAGACUAAAGGUGAAAGCACUGUUCUUGCUUGUGGAGGUGGGAGACAUAAGAUGACUUGUUCACAUCCCAGAGCGUCACAGAUAGUUCCAUUAAGUAAGAUCAGUAAGAUGAUAACAUUGGAAAACAUACAUUUUAGAAAUCUUAAAAAGAUAGUCGACAUGGCAUUUCUAAGAAGGCAUUUAAUCUAAUAUCACCAGCAUGCAAAGGAAAGUGUAAGUAUCAGUGGAUGAUUUUUAAUGAAAUAUGUUUUGUUGUUUACAAACAGUCUGUACCUAAGACUAUAUAAAGGUCAAGAGUAGCAAAAUAUAAUGUAAUAAAAACUUUAUACUUCCCAU